CUGGGGCACACAGCAGCAGGACUACAUCAACACUCACCAGGAGAGACCAUGGUUCCUGUUUACUUUGAGGAUUAGUGGAGAUUUUAGUUUUCUCAUAUUUGUUUCUGUCCCUACAACAGACACCUGUGUUUGGUGUUAGCUUGCUCCAGUUACUGGUUCUGCUUUUAAGAUUUUAAACUGGUCUCAUCGUUUUGUUUCCAAUGGGGUGUUCAUCUUCCAGUGCACAGACUGUUGAUCAGGAGAAAAGACCAGGCACAAAGCCUGAGGACGGCAGCGGGGACACUGUGGACGUCAAAAAUGUCAUCAUAGCAGAAGAAGCUCAAACCAUCGAGGACCAGAUGCAGCUUCCAGUGCAGACUGCUCUGAAGGAUGAUCUCAGACUGGUAUCUGAAGAAGAGGCAGAGGAAGUGCUGAUGGCCAUGGAGGCUCAGGAGGAUCUUGGUUCUGGGGAAGAUCUCCUAACACUUCCUGAACCUGCAGCCUGUCAGGAGCUUGAACCAGAACCUUUAGCCUCUUCUCCAGUAGAAGGUUCUGCUGAGCCUGCAACCUGUCAGGAGCUUGAACCAGAACCUUUAGCCUCUUCAGUAGAAGGUUCAGCUGAGCCUGAAGCUGCUGCAGCAGGAGGGGAGGUGAGUCCCCCCAAAGAGGAAGAAGAGGGUGUCGAAACUGAACAGGGAGAAGCCCCUGCUGGGCUUGAAGUUCUUGUAGAAAAAGAAGAACCUUCACAGCCCAAAUGUGUAGAAGAGAAUGUUGCUGAGGAGUUGCUUGUUGAACCAGCAGGAGCCCCAGUGGUACUGGAAGAGGCCCGACCUGAGGCUGCUGAGACUCCAGCUGAAGCUCCAUCUGAAGCUGUAACAGCAGAGGAACAAGCUCCAGAGACGUCAGCACCUGAUAUAGCUCUGACACCAAAUGGUGCUUCAGAACCAACUGAAGCUGCAGCCCUAGCAGAACCCUCAGCACCUGCAGGUGCUGCUGGGAUCAUAAUAGACUCCACUAUCGCUGUAGCUACUGUUCCAGAUAUACCUCCAUUAUCUGCUGCCAUGACUCAAGAUGAGCCUCAGCCUCCCACUGAGGAAGCAGGAGAGGCCUCCCCAGCCUUCAAUCAGCCAGUCCCACCCGCAGAUACACCCUGUCCCCCUGAGGCCACCACUGCCCCUCCUGUAAAGGCUGAAUCUGCAGCUGAGCCAGUUCCUGCUCCUUCACCAGCAGUGGCAGAAGACGCUCCGCUGGUAACUUCAGAAGGUGCAGAUGCAGCUGUGGUGGAGUCCAUCCCAGAACCAUCAGCAGAAGUGGCAUCGGUAAAUGAGGGAUCUCAGGAGAGCGAGGCAGCCAUAAAGGUGGACUGAGUCGAGUUGAAAUUCACAAAUGCACCAACGUCCCUAAGCCACGCCCCCUUUGAAAGAAAACAAGAGCAGGAUUGAGAUCAAGGAAAAGAAGAACAUAAAAUCGUAACAUUUUGCGUUUUGUCGCCGGCAUCCAACAAUUUAUUUUAUACUAAUCCAUCUUAACUCUUUUCUCAUGGAAGAUAUUUCUACAUGUGCUGUUGGGAUACCAAGUGCCUAGAGCCACGUGGAGGCUUUAAACAUGAACAAAAGAGAAGGUGACUAGCAGUUCAAUAACUUGUGAAAUUAGUGAAUUUUUCUUAAGUAGAUGAUGUCUUUUGGGGUGAAGAGGACUGAUGUGUUUGGGACAAUGUUUAGAGUAAAUCAAAUACCAUUUUAAGUAGCUUUUUCAGAAGAAGCCAAAAAUGACAAAAUAAUGUUAAAUAAAAAGGACAAAGUGAAAAC